AUGGGGAAGGAGAGAGCUCAUGCAUGGCAGUUGUUGAGUGCAGAGGAGAAGGAGAGUAUAAGGUUAAAUGGGAAGAAACAAUUGAAGGUACAACAGAAGGAGAUAUGCCAGAAGUUAUCUUGUCCAUCUUGCCCAAAUGCACUCUUCACCUCUAUAGCAAUGUAUCGACGACAUCUAGAGUCAAAGAAACAUCUACGUCGUACCAAACGACAUCUUAUAGCCAACACAUGGUCAUGUAAACUAUGUAACAUAGUAUUACCAAACGAGUCUGAAUGGAACAAACAUGCAUCAGGUCGUAAACAUCACUUGAAGAUGAAGAAGUAUGGCAAGGAACAUUAUCCAAUGACUGAGCCAUACUUAGAGUCGGACAUUCAACGCUUGAAGCAAUCAGAGUUCAAAGAGGAGGUCGAAGAGGAUGGAGAUGACUUGUACCCUGCCCUCAUAGGAUGA